GGACAACUACUUCAGAAGUGUUGACUAAUCCAGUGUCGACUACUCCAGAAGUAUCGACUACUCCAGAAGUGUCGACUAUUCUAGAUACCGUAGAUACUGCGUCUACUGCUUACUCGGCGUGCCACUCGAACCCGUGUCUCAAUGGCGGCACCUGCGUCGAUUAUUGGCACUCCCCCGGAUACUACUAUUGCCAUUGUGACUGGAACUUCUCCGGCCACAACUGUGAAUAUUAUGUGCCAACUACUCCAGAAGUGUCGACUACUCCAGCCAUUACUACUACUACAUCUGGCCAGUGUGCGUCCGACCAGUUCCAAUGUGCAAACGGAUACGAGUGCAUUUUUGGACACUGGUAUUGCGACGUCAUCGUUGACUGCAGUGAUGGUUCGGACGAAUACAACUGCCCUGGUUCAACACCUGGAUACACAUCCACAUCAAGCUACCAAAAUGUUCCGGUCCGGGUGGUCGCGGGUGGCUGGUGUGAGGGCCGCGUGGAGGUGUUCUACGGAGGCUCGUGGGGCACUGUGUGCGACGACAACUGGGACAUGCACGACGCGGAGGUCGUGUGUCGCCAGCUGGGCUGUGGCCAUGCUGUGUACGCCCUGCAAGCAGCACACUAUGGGCAGGGCAGCGGCCCGAUCUGGCUGGAUGGCAUUAGUUGCUCUGGCUACGAAUCUGAGCUCUCCCACUGCAGACACCAUGGAUGGGGUAGUCAUAACUGUGGACAUUCAGAAGACUCUUCCGUCGUAUGCUCACACGCUGCCUCUGCAUCUACCACAGUUAACUAUUGGUCUACAACACCAUCAUACAAUCUGUCAAAGCAGUUCCACUGCGAUUCGCAUUCCAUGGAGCUGCUCAUUCCCCUGAGUGAGAUCUCAUCACGCGGGCUAUCCGUGUACGACAUCCACCUUCAGGACCCAUCGUGCCACGCCAUAGUGUACGGCCAAUACGCCCGGCUCCUAGCACCGCUCAACGGCUGCGGCUCAAGGACGGAGACGAAUGGCGACACUAUCGUCUACAUCAACACGGCGUACGGCUACGCGGCUCCAAAUGGCGCGAAGCGGCUGCGGGUCCCCAUGCUCUGCUACAUGGGAUCGAGUGGCCGUGUUCAGGCUAGCUUCACCCCCAGGGUACAGGACAUGGUGAGCACGGGCUCCUAUGAGCUACAGGUGCACUUCUACACAAACCAAUUCUUCCACCAGCCCGUCUACUCCUACCCAUACGACGUGGAGCUGGGAAACCCGCUCUAUGCUGAGGUGACGCUGACCUCUGUGGCCUGGGACCUGCAGCUCUUCCUGGAGACGUGCAAGGUAUCGCCCUACCCGGGGGCACCGGACAGCGCCUCCUUUUUCCUGCUUCAGAACGGGUGCCACGUGGACCCCACGUACACCACCUACUACAGUGGCUCCAACAGCAAGCAGCGCUUCAGCUUCGUCAGUGUCGAGUUCUUCGUCGACUCGCAGGUGUACCUGGAGUGCUCAGUGCGCGUGUGCAACGUCUCGGACUGGGGCUCGCGGUGCCGUCGAGGCUGCAUGCGGGGAGGGCGGGUGGCGCGAGACCUCGGAACGGUGCACGGAGAUGCACGUCAUGCCGAGCACUCCGUCGACCUGUCCCAGGGCCCCAUCAGACUGCGCAAGACUCGUGAAGCCUCUCUGAAAAAGCAGGGCAGCGAUGGGUUGCCCGGCUGGACAGGCAUGGUGUACGCCCUGGCUGCCACCAUGGCCGUCGGUGCCGUCUGUGUGAUCACAGUGAAAAUUUACCGCCACCGCGCUGCCAGGAUCCAAUACCAACCGCUCAGCACUUCAUAUUAAUUUACAACUUACCAGGCUUAAUGUUGCUUUUUAACUAAUGCAAGCAACAUGUAAAAGUAAUUUUCAUAAAUGUUUUGUCAAGGGUUUCCAGUAAAUACACAAAAUCGUGCAGCAAGAUGCACAAAACAGGAAAUCAGAGUUGAAAAUUGUAGCAAGUAUUGACGACGUUUUACACUUCAAAUACAUGAGCAUAACAAAGUGGCGUCUACAGAGCUAAAUAAGUGAGGGCAUUAAUAUACACUUGCCAAAUGUUGCUUUAAAAUUCAUUGGCACAAAUGUGGUGUUAUGUCAUCUCAAAUACAAUACAUGUCACUCGAAUCCAGUUCUCAAAUAAGUCCAGUAAACUACUUGUUUGGAUCUCCAGGAUAACCUAUAUAUAUAUACAGUAAGCCACUACAUCUAACUAAAAUAUUUGUUUUGGUGCUAAAUAAUGUCAUUGGAAAAAUACUGAGGUGUAGAGAUAAAAUAUAACAAAUGUUGCCAAAAUUAUGUAAUCAUUUGAGUAGCUGAUUUGUUUGAAUUAUUCUACAAUAAACAUGUUGCCGACUCAUGUCUCCCAAGAUAAAAGUACAUGAUUUUAAAAAAAAUCGUAAUAGGAGCUUAGUUGUAGUGUAGUAGAUGUGGAUUAGUACGCUGUGAUGAUCAGACAGACCUUGGGGAGUGAUAUCGAGAAGAAGUGUAUCAAUAGAGUAGUGAUAGUGAAAGACACUUGACUAAAAUAAUUUCAAGGAAUUAUGAAAAAAUUAUGGAUCUCUGGACAUGACCUUGAGGCAUGUUCAGACCUUCAUUAGUUUGUUUUAAGUACCAUGCAAACUUUGAAACUGAAUCAGGCAGAGUUCCAUAAUUCAUUCAAGAAUAGACACGAAAUAUUAAACAAUGUUUUAUUUUACCAGGUAAGGCCCAAUGAGCUAUAUAGUUCUUUUUCAGAAGCGACCUGGCCACAAAUUAUAGCCCAAUGAAUUAACUUAUUACAUGGACAUUUAUAGCAGCCAAAUAAUUUAAACACGUUUCUAAAUGUGGAGAGAAAAACCGAGGACCCGGAGAAAAAUCCACACGAACACCGGGAGAACGUACAAACUCUAAACAUACAGGCGGUAGGGUCGGGAUCGAACCCUAACUUUAAAUGUCCUGGGAUGUGACAUAACUCCACACAGUGGCUGUAAAUUGUCUAAUCUGAGUACUUGUUUAUUCUAUCACGGGACUUUCUGAGAUUGUGUGUGUUUUUUUAAUAUGUCUAUUAAACCAGGUAAAUGGAUAUUGGGUGUUUAACAAAUUCAAUUCGGGUUGUAUUCACGAUUAAUUUUAAUUGAUUUAUAAAAAAAUAUAUAUUGUUUAGGCAGGUGAAAUAGAGUACUGUACUUACUUCCUGGAAAUAAAUACAUUUAGGAAAGAAGAAAAUGUCCUGAAAUGUGUUAAUCCCUGCUUCACUCCAGGAUUGCCAUAAACAGGGAGUGGUAACGCCAAUUGUUGGAUUAGGUUGUAAGAUAAAUAACAUCAAGUGAACAAAUACUUCACCUGUACUCACUUUACUUUACGGUAAUCAGUAUGGCAAUUAGUAAAGGAGUGCCUUUAGAAUGAGCGUCAAGGAAGCCUACAAGCAAUCGGGGUUAAUAUGUUGUGUGGGUUAAAUAUUAGUGACAUUUUAAAAUUAUUUUCUGGGAUCUAUAAAAUGUUUGUGUGAAAAUUGGUUUGGUUAGGGUUGCUCACGUGGGUGCAUGGGGCUUGCAAUCUACUUGGCAAAAAAGUUAUUAUUCCUUGUGGGCUCUGAGGAUGGAACCAAGGAAAAGGGGGGGGGGGGUGUCAUGGACAGUGAAUCAUGUGCCCCACACGUGGCAGAUAUCUAUGGAAAUAGAUGUGUAUUGUGUUGUUAAAUGGGGUGAGGUGUCAGGCUGGGCUGGGAGCCUAACUCAAGCGGUCUGGAGAUGGGAGGACAUUUUGGGAAAAUUCCAAAGAUGUGUCAAAUUUGGGAUGAGGUCUAAAAAUAAAAAUCUAAUCUUUUUAUUUAUCGUCGUUGUUCAUGAAAAUUCCAUCUCACAAUCGCCGAAGAAUCACAGACAAGCUAGAAGGCUGCCAGGCAGUGAGCCGACGCCAACAAUUGCUCUGCUGUUCUCUAUAUAUUACGAUGAGAAUACCCGCACAUGCGAGGGGGCAACACUAUCCCAUACAGAAGAAGAGAUGAUAUCGGUUCAAACUUUGCUGUACUGAAUUCUGUUGGCGAGCCAGAGUAUUGCACCUUGAUGCCUUCGGGAAAAGUUUUUGCAACAUGUCAUCCACCAACCCGCGCCUCCACAGUGCUGGACUACAGGCCACGUGCAUAGCCACCACCGGCUGGCACUGGUAGCUCACAACAGCAACAGAGGUCAUGUAAUCAGCAAUGGGCCAAUUAGGUGGCAAUGUGGUGACAUUGGAGGGGGCUGUGGCGCAUUCAGUCUGGGUCCAAACCGAAUUGAGCUGGUUACCUGGGGGCUGUUCAAGCAGCAUACUAAGAGCAUUCGGGGCGUUCAACUAUGA